AUGAGUAACCUACCGUUUCUGAGGUCGCAGUACGAGAAGGAGGGAUCAUACGUAUCAUUACAGACCAAAUUCAACUACGCCUGGGGUCUGAUCAAGUCCAACAACCGAGCCGAGCAGCAAGAAGGCGUACGCCUGCUCUCCGACAUCUUCCGCGCCAGUGUCGAGCGCCGCCGAGAAUGCCUAUACUAUCUGGCCCUGGGCAACUACAAGCUCGGCAACUAUGCCGAGGCAAGGAGAUAUAAUGACAGCCUGAUGGAGCUCGAGGAAGGAAAUAUGCAGGCGCAGAGUCUACGAGAACUUAUCGACGACAAAGUAGCCAAGGAGGGUAUGAUGGGCAUGGCAAUCGUGGGUGGUCUGGCGGCAGCCGCUGCAGUAGGAGUCGGCAUGUUAGUCAGAGGAUCACAGAGGAAGAGAUGA